AUGUUUGCUCUUAGAACUAGCUCAAAUACUAGCAAAAAAACAGGUGAAGUGGAUGAGAAAAAUAAAAGGUCAAGUUCGAAAGGUGAGAACGAAAAUUCGGAUGAGGGAAAAAAUGCAUAUAUUGAGGAUUCAUUAAAUAAGAUGGAUAAUUAUAUGAACUAUUCAGAACAACAGACGCAGUUAUAUCCAAUUAGUAGAACAGCAACACCGCUUUUAAUUAAUAUGGGAAGUAUGGAGAGUGUGAAUGAAGGGACGUUUAAUAACAUAGCAAAGGCAGCUACGAUUUUAAAUGAUGAUGAUCAUACGAAGCAAUUAAGUGAAAAUGAAGAAGACAAUGAUGAAGAACAAACGGAUAAGCAACAUAGUGGAAACUGUAGUAACAAAUAUGAAAAUAAUGAUAAAGAUAAUGAUGGUAUUGAUUUUGAAUCCGAAAAAAUGGGGUUAGAAAUUAAUGAAAAAAGACUAAUUUGUGAGAGUGACGAGAAAUUAGAUAAUACACAUCCAAGUGAAGAUAUAAGUAAUGAUAAAUUUUAUAUUAAUUGUAAAGAUGAUAAGGUAGAUGAUGAUUUAAAAGGGGAAGAAAUAUACGAAGUUGAAGAGAUGGAAGAAGAAGAGGAAGAGGAGGUAGAAGACGUAGAAGAGGAACGAAAUCCGCGGUUAUACAGUAUUAAUGACAACAGUAAUUCUUCUAGUGGUAAUGGAAAUGGCAAUGUAUGUGGUAGUAACAAUAAUGGCAACAGUACCAACAGCAAUGAUAACAUAGAAGGGGGGGAGUCAUUGUGUGCUUCAUAUAAAAAAAAAAAAAGUUCAGACACAUCGGACUUCAAUGAAAAGAAUACCCAUAAUGAUUGUAAUAAUAAUAUAAUUAUCAGUAGCAGUAAUAGAAGAAGUGGAUAUGGAAAGAAAAUAUAUGAUGAGGAGGAGUCGAAUGAGAAGCUUGACAAUAAUUUUAUCAGUUGUAGUAAUACAUGUGCUUAUAAUAAGGAGGAAGUUAAGUCAGAAAACUCAACGGGCAAGGAGGAAAACGAAAUGGACAAUAACAUGGAUGACAGUAACAGUAAUAGUAACAAUAGUAACAACAUCAACAACAGUAACAACAGCAAUCAUAGCAACCAUAGUAACGAUAAUGAUGACGAUCAGGAGAUCAUGAACAACGGAAGUAGCGAUCAUUUCAAGCAUACAUUCAUAAAAGAUUUGCUGUCAAAAAAAACAAAUUUAGAACAAGGAUCUAUAAAUCAAAAGAAAGCAUUUUCCUUAAUUGACAAUUUUUUGAAUAUAAAAAGUAAUGAUGAUAUGAACCAUGAUAGUCAUCUUUAUGAAAAAUAUUAUUCGGAGGAUAGGAAAGAGGUAAUAAUGAACAACUGCUCUGGUGGCAUUGUUGGAAGCUGCACGAGUAUGAUGAGUACAAACAACAAUAACAACAACGGAAGCGGUAGCAAUGAUAACAGCAGUACUAACAUGCCUUGCAGUAGUAGUGUGAGUAGUAACCACAUGCCUUGCAACAGCAACGUGAGUAACAAUGUGCUUUGUAGUAGUAGUAUUAGUAAUAAUAAAGUGAGUUGUAUUGGGCAUCGAGAACAUAACAGUUUUGACGGUUACAGGUGCAUUAUUGAUAACACAAAUAAUAUGAAUGAAUCUAUUAGUAAAAGUGAACUAAUUAAAAAAUCAAAAAUUAUAUGUUUAAGUUAUUUAAGGAUUAUGAAAAGGUUAACAUCUCUAUGGGGGGAAGCAAACAAAGCAUUUGAAUAUCAUUUUGUAAAUAUAUUAAAUAAUAUAGAAAUUAAUAAUUUAGAUAUAUACUUGUGUUGUUUUUCAAAUUUAAAAAUAUGUUCUGCUAAGAAUUUAUUUAUGGAUUCAGUUAUUGAAUGUUUAGAAGAAUUAGAAAUAAUUAAAAAAUUUAAAAUGUUACAAAGUCAUGGUGAUAUCAUAAUAGAAAAAACAAGUUGUUCAAGUGACGCGUGCUCAUUAGAUAUUAACGAAAUGCGUAAACAAAUAAUAGAAGAAGUAGAGAAUAAUUUGACAAAAGAAGUUGUUGACGAAAUGCAUGAUUUAGCUUUAAGAAAUCCAUACUUUAGUACCUCAUAUUAUCUAAGUAAUAGUACAAACUCGGAUGGUGAGCCCACCAUAUUAAGUAUGUAUUGUGGUGCACAAAGGAAUAGCAAUAAUGUUUGCACAAAUAUCAGUAAUACAAACAUUGCACCUAUCGAUUUCAAACGGGGAAAGAACCAUUUAUAUUGCAAUAAUAACAACAGUGUUAGCAGCAUUAGUAAUAUUAACAACGUUAGCCAUAUUAAUAAUGUUAAUAAUGUUAACAAUGUUAGUAAUGUUAGCAAUGUUAGCAAUGUUAGCAAUGUUAGCAAUGUUAGCAACAUGAACAGUAUUAACAAUAACAAUAAUAAUAGUAGUAGCAGUAACGGAAGUAGAGUUCACUGUAAUAAUUUCUACGGUAAUUGUGGAGGAGUAGGAGUAGCAAAUACUCAUCUUAAUUAUGGCUGUACCUUACACGCAAAUCAUUUUGCAUGUACAAGUCCACUUCAUUUAAAUUGCAUGAAUAGUAGCCAUUUUUUUAACUGCCCUAAUAGUAGCACGAAUGUUCCUCUGACAGGUGGGACUGCUGCUGGUGAUAGCAAUGGUAAUAGUAAUAACCAUAUCAAUGGUAGUAGUAACAACAGCAAUAAUAAUAAUAACAGUAACAGCCAUAAUAAUAAUAGUAAAAGCUCAUUUUUAAGUAACAACUGUAAUGCGAAUAUGCGCAUGAGCAGCAGAGGUAACAACAUGACUUACAGUAACCAUGGCUCUGUUUCCAAUCUAAGCAAGAAGAAAUGUAGUUACUCGGAUGAAAACAUUCUGAACAAAUUAAAUGUCAGCAUUGAUUAUAAUUCCUACAACGAUUUUAACAACAAUUAUAUUCAAGAAGCAGAAAAAGUCGUAGAAAAAUACAAAAAUCUGAGUAAGUUGAACUCUAAAGAAAGUGAGAAUAUGUAUAGCACGUGUAGCCAUUCUACCAUGCAUGAUAUAAACAAUAAUAAUAGCAGCACCAACAACAGUAAUAACAAUGGUAAUAACAACAUCAACAACAAUUGUAACGGUAACAGCAACAGUAAUAGCAGUAGUAAUAACAACAGUAAUAACAACAUUAAUAAUAGCUGUAAUAAUCUGAAUGCAUAUAUUCAUUUAAAAAUGUUCAUGGCGGAAUAUGCAAAUUCGUGUAAAAAUGAUAAGUCCAAGUUGAAGGACCUGGACAUAAGUCCGAGUGAUUUGAAUAUCUUGAGGCACCAUCUCUACGCUCAGCUUAGCGCAGCACACGCGAUGGAGGAUAAAGGACUGAGUGACGUGUACAACAACAUUGAGAAUGAGUCCAUGGAUCUGAAAUGUUAUUAUGAAAAUAAAUUGAAGCUUGACUGUGUUAGCAAUAAUGAUGUGAACAAAUUCCAUCAUCAAGAUUACAAAUAUAAGGAUGAAAACAACUAUGAUGACCGGGAUUGUUACUCGAAGUAUGAUAGAGAACAAGGAGUGCUAAAUAUGAAUGAGAACAGCUAUAAUUUGUUAUCAAGUAGUCUCCAAAAUAUGCUAAGAAAGAGAAAAAUACAUGAUAAUCAUCAUAUGCCCAUGUGCAACAAUAAUAGCGGUGGGUGUAAUGGAAGUGAUGGGUGUAAUGGAAGCGAUGGGUGCAAUGGAAACAGCUGUAAUACGAUUCUGAACAAUAGUUCCUUCGAUGACUUGAAUUACUUAUUAUGUAACACAAACGUUUUAAAAAAGCUAAAAUUUAACUUGUUAGAAACGAAAAAAAAUUGCAAUAAUGAUAGCGCUAGUAGUGGUAAUAAUAAGGGCAGUACUAUUGGCAAUGCUAUUAGCAAUGCUAUUAGUAAUGCUAUUAGCAAUAACAUUGGCAAUAGCAUUAGCAAUAGCAUUAGCAAUAGCAUUAGCAAUAACAUGAGCAAUAACAUGAGCAAUAACAUGAGCAGCAGCAUGAAUGACAUUAGCGGUAGCAUGAACAGUAUUAGUAGUAGUAUUAACAACAAUAAUAAUGUUGGCAUAAGCAGUGGAGGAGGUGAUUAUAGGAAAAAGGACUCGAACGAGUUGUCAUUGGAUGAUUGCAGUUCGCACAUAAUGCAUGUAAGAAAAACUUUUGGAUGUAAGAAUAGUAAUAUAAAUAAUAGUAAAAAUUUUAAAGAAGUGUUAACAUUAUCACAAGAGAAUUUGAAAAAGAAAGGAGGAAGUAUAGUAGGGGGAGGAUGUGCAGGAGGAGUAGUACUCGGAUCAUCUUUUAAAAAUACCGGGGAUCAUAUAAACCCUAGUACGUUGUAUGAUUUUAUAUUAAAAACAAAUAAUUCUAAUGGUUUACUAGAGAGUUCGUUACAUAGUAGCAGUAGUAACAUAAUAAACAAACUAAGUAGUAACAAUGGUAGUAUUAGUAAUAAUCACAAUCAUAAUAACGGUAGUAGCAUUAUGAAUAUGAAUGUUGGUUAUAAUUUAAAUAGUUCAAAUAGUAUUCAAAAAAAGAAUAGCUACGAUUAUAAUGCUGAUUAUAACUCUAAGAUGAGUGCUAAUGGUUCCGAAAUGUCUUUAACGAAUCAAGAAAGUAGUGAUUUGAUAAUGAAUAAUAAUGUCAAAUCUGAUGCUAGCAUGAUUAUUAAUAAUAGUUACAAGCAUAACAAAAACGAUUUAGGUAGAAAUAUUGGAAUGAAUGGUAACAACAACAGUAAUGGUAUCAAUAAUAACAGUAGUAGCAGUAAUGCCAAUCACAGCAGUAGUAGUAAUAAUAACAAUAAUAAUAAUAAAAAUAAAAAAAAUAUUAAUACUAAUAAUACUAAUAAUACUAAUAAUACUAAUAAUAAUAAUAAUAAUAAUAAUAAUAAUAAUAAUAAUAAUAAUAAUAAUAAUAGCAAUAGCAACAGCAAUAGCAACAGCAAUAGCAAUAGCAAUAGUAGUACCAAUGCACAUGUUAGUAGUAGUAAUAAAAGCACAAAGAGUUUGAAAAACACGUCCACAAUAUCCCCUGUACCAACAACAAAUUACGGAAUGGGGAAACUUAAAUAUGAAAUGCCUGUGGGUGUGAACCCUAAUGAUGAUAAAGUAAAAGGGGUAUAUUUUUCAAAAUCACCUAGAGGUGUAGGAAAAUGGAAUGCAUAUUUUCAAAUAGCUAACAAUAAGAGACUAUUUACAAGUUUUAGUGUAAGUAAAUAUGGAUAUAAUGAAGCAAGAAAAUUAUCCAUAUUAAAAAGAACGGAAUGGGAAAAGGAAUAUAAACAUCAUACGGAUUUAAAAAAUUCGGAUGGGAAAAAAGGAAAAAAAAAGAGUAGUAAUGUAAUUACAAGUAGUAGUAAUUUAGUAAAAAAUAAUGUAAAAAAUAUUUCUUCCUUAGGUAAUAAUUCUAAUCAUUCGAACAGUGAUGAUUCUAUGACCUAUACUAAAGAUAGUAAAAUGAAAGAUGACUGUUUACUAUACUCAAAUGAUGAUGAAGAUGGUUGUCUAAUAAGUAACAAAUUAACAGCAGAUAUAACUAGCGAUAUGAACGAUCCACAUAUAUUAACAACAGGCAGUAGAAAAAUGAACAAGUUAACUAUGGCUAAUGGUGCUAAUAGUAAUCAUCAUCAUCACCAUCAACAUAAUAAUAAUAAUGCUACUACUGGCAAUAGUAAUAAUAAUGACUAUGUGAAAGUAGAGGAUAACAUAAAUUUUUUUAUUGAAUGCGCAAAAAAUGAUAGUGGCUCAUUUAACACAGUUGAUUUAUUAAGAUCUAGCUUGAAUGCGGAUAACAGGAAAAGUAGUAACACCAAAAAAGGCUCUCUAAAUUUUGGCUCCAAUACAUUAAUUAAUUCGUAUACUAAUGGUGGUAUAGACAAUAAGCAAUCAUUAAACUCUUCAAGGAUGUUAUCUAACUCGUUAGGCCUGUCAAAUAAAUACAUUCGAAACCUUCACUUUCCUGCCAUCGAUUCACAUGCUGUGAGCAACUUUUUGGAAGCAGUGGCGGAUGAUCAGAAGAUUUCUUCCUAG